AUGUCCAGGUUCACCCUUCGCACUAUCACAAAAAUGGCCCCUAUCGAGCGAAUCACCCUCUUCAAGAUCCCCAACGAGGCGGAUCGCGACCGCGUACUGGAGCAGUACAAGGUUCUUGCAAAGACUGCUACAAAGGACGGCAAGCCCUACAUUGUCGCUGCGGCUGUUGGCGCUUCGAUCCCCGAUCCUCGCAAUAAGGGAUACAACUUGUCUGUCAAGACGACUUUUGCUUCCCUGGAGGACAUGAAGUACUAUGACAACGAGUGUGAGGCGCAUAAGCUUCUCAAGGCUUGUGCCGGGCCUGUCAAGGAAGAUGUGUUGACGAGUUACUAUGAAAAUAUUCUGUAA